AUGGGGCAUUAUCCCAGGAGUGACCAGCCUCUGCUCCGUCCCUGCCCUGCUGUCAGCACCAGCUGCAGGCAGAGCCCUGCAGGCAGCGAUGUGCCCGUAGCCUCUGCGCAGGGCACCCAGGGCUGGGGAGGCAGGGACACGUGCUGGGCAAGGGCAUUGCAAAGGGAAUUUACUGGGGCAAGGGCAGGCUGAGGUUCCUGCCAUAGUGCAUGGAGCUCUCCGGGGAAGACAUGCAUGGCUGACCUGUGCUCCAAGGCAUGGGGUUUUUGGGAAGGAGGCAGGGGAAGGUGAAACGUACAGGAAAGGAAGGAGCGGGCCCUGGUCGUUCCCCAACAGUGCUGCUCUGGGGAUGCUCCACCACGUUCUGCAACUCUGCCUGGAAGCAGGACUUAGCCCCAGCACAUGGACCAUAGCUCUCUGGGUGGCAUUGCCACAGAAGAGAGCUCCACUGGGCACCAAAGAAUGAGACAGAGGUGUCCUCACUUGAGAAAUGCUGCUGCCUUCACAGCGGCCACUGCUUUGACCCUUCCCUUCACUGUAAGGGUCUAGGUUCAUCUGUGUGACCAUCCUGCUGUGCCUUGCCCACCCAGCCGCUCACCAUGCCAGAGCUGGCAGAGCUGAGCACACCUCGCACCCCUGCGGAUGCUGACCACAUCCAGAGGAACAUCCUGGAGGAGCACGUGGAACUCUGGUGGUUCCAGGACCCCAAGAAGUCCAUUCUGUGCUACGGGAUGGCAGUGGUGCUGAUCCUGGCCUGUGGGAUCGGCGGCAUCAUUCUGCUGUACAGCACCAGCAGCCGCCGGUCUGGGGAGUGGCGGCUGGCCGUGGGCACCACGCUCUGCCUCCUGGCCCUGCUUGUGCUGCUGAAGCAGCUGCUGAGUUCUGCCAUCCAGGAUAUGAACUGCAUCCGCAGUCGGGAUCAGAUUGAGCUCCUGAAGAGUGGGGGCUUCUCGGACUGCCUGGUGCUGCUGCUCAGUGCCCUAGUGCUGUUGAUCUGUGGCAUUGUGCUCACCAUCCUCUCCACCACAACCAUGCAGCUCAGCCCUGUCCGGCCGCUGGCCAGCAUGUUCACCAGUGGGAUUAUCCUCUUGGCUGCUGGCAGUGCCAUCCUCCUCUGCUUGCUGCUCUAUCUGCUCUGCACCUCCUGCUGCCGAGCUGCUCCUCGAAGCUUGGAGACAGGUGAAAUCAGUGUCUUCACCAUCUCCGGCCGUCUUACUGCUAACAGAGGACUUCCUCCCACCUCCAGCAUGGCCAACCUGAUCUGACCCAGAGCAACUGGAGCUGCACCAGCACUGACAGGUCACCCCUGCAUGAGAUUCUCGGGAUAUGACUCGCCAGCAGGGCUUGUGCCUCCUGGCCUCACCAUUUUUUCCCAAAGCGGGGCAAGAUUUGCAGUGUGCCUUCUGUUUCUUUCAGAGAUGACUGGCAUUUGCUUUACCUCAGGCUAAUAGUGUGGCGGGAACCCCGGGUUGCCUGGACAGGCUUCAUGAGCUGGAGCUUUACAAGCAUAGCACUGACCUGUUCUGCUUUUUAUCUCAGCAAAGCCUCCUGCAACGGUUGCUGCCUGCCCAACCAGCCCAGCUGUGGCCCUGCUGACACAGAGGGAGUAAAGGUGAGCCUGUCCUAUACCUCUGGGGACCCCAGUACUCGCUCGGUUCCUGCUGGCCCCUGCACUGUUCUCCUACAGCAGGAGAGGCUGUGAUUGCUGGUGGUGUGAAACCACCUCAUGCUCUGUGCAGAGCUGCCAGCUUGGGCCCAUGUUUUAGCUGUGAUCAGUUCAUAGUCUGCGCCUCUGAGCCUGUGAAGGUGUAUACAAGUUGAGCAUACUGUGAUGCCCUGUGCUGUGCAUUCCCCUUCCUGCCAGCUUACAGGAGCCCUGAAAAUAAGAACAGCCUGUAGCAACAACUGAUAAAUGACAGGAAAUAUUGUGUUAUUGUGAGUGUUAGCAGGUGUGCUGAAUGCAAGCAAAGGGAGCUAGGUAUGAAGUACAGCUGCGAGGGGCUGCCCCCUGAGAAAGCACCUGUAUGUCUGUGGGAGUGAGCAUGGGAUUUGUGUGUGAGUCUGUGUUUCUGAGCCAGGCAUGGUUUGAUGGCACAUGAAAUGCUGUUUGUGUUUGCAAUGCCGGGUUCUUUUCCAAUAUUACCCUUUUGCAGCCCAUGGUCUUCUGCCUUUUGAUCAAAGGGGGAGGCGAAUUGUUGACAUUAGCACCCUGAUGGGGUUUCAGUGCUGAACUGAGUGUUGGAGGAGGCUCUGUUGUCACAACGGCGUGCUCCAGCCAUGCACUCCACAAACAGCAAGAUGCAGUCACCAGGAGCACGAAGAUGGGAUGCUAAAAUUUACAGGCCUGGGGCUGGUCUGCAUGGAGAUCUCCUGCGCUGUAAGGGAGGUGAAGAGGAAGCACUGUAGCUCUCCUGCAUUAGUUUCUCAAGCAGACGCACCUCUGCUGCCAUGAGAACCAUGCAGUUCACCUCACUCCUUGCUGGGAGUGGGUUCAGCACAGCAGCUCUUCUGUGCUAUUUCUCUGUCCUGCAAGUGCAGCAGCAGCCUGUUGCUGCUUGGCAUAUAAUAGUUGUUCUGUUACCACUUGGGCCUCACUGUGAGCCUUUUUGAUGUUUUAUGUUUAUGAGGGUAUCUAUCAGCCUGUCCUAGAGGCAGGCUAACAACUCAUCCUUAGAAACUUUUCCUUUGAAUUUAGACUGAUUUACCUGUCAAAUUUUUCAUUUCUUCCGUAAGAGCCACAAACCAUUUCACUGCUCCUGCCCUUUCCAUAGACGCAGCUCCUAACCCUCCUAGUGAAGUUGUUGCUGAGCAACCUUUACUUGCUUCUCUCUCUUCAUCUCCCUGCCUGCUCUCAUCUCCCCCUGACUUGAAUUGUUUUGCCUCAGCCAUUAUUUUUGCUCUUUAUUUGCUAUGGUCCCUCUGAGAAUUAGGGUCACUGAAAUGAAGCAAGACCAAUUAGAUUAAGCUGGUCUUUUUUUUUUUUUUGGGGGGGGGGAGGAGUCUGGCAAAUUUAUUUUAAAGAGGACCAUAGCUCAUUCCCUUAGUAACAGCAUGAAUCACUGUCCGUGUUACACCUGGAAGUAAUGUCAGAAGUUCAUCAUCGGUGAACCACACCAGGUAUAUGCUGGACAGCGAGGAUUUCAUCCCUUUGCAGCCCAUGCUGUCUCUGAGGCACUCAGAUCACAUGAGAGCACUUCUGUAUUCAUCCAGUCUUGCUCUGUUCCUACUGACUUUCCUUCCUUGGAUUAUUUUUCCCAAACUAACCAGUUGCAUGGGAACAUCAUUUUCGUUUUUGUUUUCUGUAUCUCUGUUAUUUCUACAUUUUCCUCUGCCAAUUUCAUAUCAUCUGUAGAUUUUAUUAAACAGCUCUUUCCUCCUUUCACUGCAUUACUUCCCUGAAUCUGCCCAAGACCUAAGAGGCUGUUACUAAGAUCAGGUCCUUCUGUGUUAAACGCUCCACAUUUGAGUAGCAAAGAGCAGUCCUCCCCCAGUCUAACCCUAGGUGCAGCAGGAAGUCCGGAGCAUACAAAUGAAGUGACAGCCCAGAGCUGGGCAGCAGUUUUGCACCACCAACACUGCUGCAGCUGCAGCUCUGCGCAUCUGUGUUGGUGAAUGCACAGUUAUUCCAGGCUGUCUCAGUGCUUUUGCAGUUAUUCGUAGCUUCCCUGACCUGCACAUGUGUGCGCUGGGACACAGCUGUCUGUGCACUGGCUCUUUUGCACAUCUGUGCAUUUCUGUGAACAUGCAUGUCUGUGCCUGGCAUGCAGCUCCACGCUGCCUGCAUAUCAAUGUGAAUCUGCCCCUCCAUAGACCCUUCAAGACGUGCCCUAAGUGCACAUGAAUUUUGCCAGAAGAGGAUGCUUCAGGACCAUGUCAGCAACCCAAGGAAAUAAUGGAUAAAAAUAGGCUGUUUCUGAAGAUGGAGAUUUGGGUAUAUGGCUGCCCAAAUGGACAGCCUGUACUGAGCCAGUAUCUGACUCACCUCCUACAGCAGCAUUACUGUUUUGUUCCUUUCCCUUGUUUCCUGUGUUGUGCAUGGAAAAACAUAAUAAAGUG